CUCCUCCGCCACGAUGCCCCUGACGGCCCCGAGCUUCCCCAGCCGGACUUAUGACUAUGACUACGACUCGGUGCAGCCCUACUUCUACUUCGAGGAGGAGGAGGAGAACUUCUACCUGGGGGCGCAGCACCGGGGCUGCGAGCUGCAGCCGCCCGCCCCGUCGGAGGACAUCUGGAAGAAGUUCGAGCUGCUGCCCACGCCCCCCCUGUCGCCCAGCCGCCGGGCGGGCUGCUUCCCCUCGCACGCCGACCAGCUGGAGAUGGUGACCGAGCUGCUGGGCAGCGACGCCGUCAACCAGAGCUUCAUCUGCGACCCGGACGACGAGGCUUUCGUCAAGUCCAUCAUCAUCCAGGACUGCAUGUGGAGCGGGGGCUCGGCCGCCGCCAAGCUCCAGAAGGUGGUCUCCGAGCGGCUCGCCUCCUACCAGGCUACCCGGCGGGAAGGCGGCACCCUCUCGGCCCGCAGCAGCACCGGCAGCCUGCCGCCCUCCUCGCCGCCGUCGCCCCAGACGCCUGUCUCCGCCAACACCUCCGCCUCCUCCUCGCCCGGCAGCGCCUACCUGCAAGACUUGGGCGCUGCAGCCGCCGAGUGCAUCGACCCCUCGGUUGUCUUCCCCUACCCGCUGGGCGAGAAGACCCCCAAGCACGUCGAGGGGGUCGCCGCCACCACCUCCUCCCCCGACGCCAGCCCAGCUUCCUCGCUGGGGGGAGACACGCCGCCCACCACUAGCAGCGACUCUGAAGAAGAAGAAGAAGAGGAGGAGGAGGAAAUAGAUGUCGAGACCGUGGAGAAUGGCGCGACCCUGGAGAAAAGGCUGCCGGCCGCCAAGAAAUCCGAGUCCCACACGCGCCGCAAACCCCCCCACAGUCCGCUAGUCCUCAAGAGGUGUCACGUCCCCACCCACCAGCACAACUACGCCGCCUCCCCCUCCUCCAGGGUCGAGUACCCCUCGGCCAAAAGGUUAAAGCUGGACAGUGGCCGGGUCCUAAAACAGAUCAGCAACAACCGCAAAUGCGCCAGCCCCCGCACGUCAGACUCGGAAGAGAACGACAAGCGGCGGACGCACAACGUCUUGGAGCGCCAGCGGCGGAACGAGCUCAAGCUGAGCUUCUUCGCCUUGCGCGACCAGAUCCCGGAGGUGGCCAACAACGAGAAGGCCCCGAAGGUGGUCAUCCUCAAGAAAGCCACGGAAUACGUCCUGUCCAUCCAGUCGGACGAGCACAGACUGAUAGCCGAAAAGGAGCAGCUGCGGCGGCGGCGGGAACAGUUGAAAAGCAAGCUGCAGCAGCUUAGGAACUCUUCUUGUGUUUAA